CAUACUUUCUCUGUAUACACCCGCAUUGGUUUCUUGUCAAAUACUGGGCAGAUAUACGAACGUUUUUAUACGUACAUAUAAAAACAAAACAUAUAUUGCACACCUAUAAAUCGCAUUUCAGCUUUUUAGCACUUUGUGAAUCACCGGACUAAACUGUGAUAGACACUACGAGUAUAAAAGGCGACAAUCGAGAAAAGACUCUCACUCGACGCAAACCAGGGAGAAAUUAACAGAACCAAACUCAAGAAAUCGUCUUAUGAUGGUCUCGGGAGUUUUCCUACUGCUCGCGUGCGCGCUCGUGUCCUGUCACGCCGACUAUUGUGCGGACGAGCCUGAUGGAGAAUACUGCACAGACGACCUCAAAGGCUACCACCACUGCUACAACGGAAAGGAUACCCCGGCGACGUGUCCAAAGAACACACGGUGCGUGUGCAUGGGGAUUCCUUGUUCCACGCAUAACCAAGGAAUUAAGCCAUGUGGGACGUUCACACUCCCGCCCUCGUUCCCAGACACGUACAAAGCAGCCGGGUACAACGAGAUCAUCACAGGGGGACCACAUAACGACUACAACUAUCAUUCCUUUUACCGAGAUGCUGAGAACGGCAAGUUUCGACAUGACGUGACGAUCGGGCCGUUUCACGACCCAAACUACGAGUACUUUAUCGAGCUUCCAAACGGUGACGGGUUUGACCAGUACGAAAUCAUCCCAUCCAAAAUGUCUUGCGUCAGGAAGUCGAUAUCUACUCUGACGGACCCAAUGGACUUGAAGGUCCCCACCAAAUACACAGAACACGGCAUGGCGACCAUAGACGGACAGACUUGUCAGAGCUGGUUGUGGAAGUCUGGCGGCCACACCAGUGACCAGCCAAUCAGUACAGAGAAUUUCUAUACUAGCCAAUCAACGAGCGCCACGUUCUACCCUGUAGCAUAUCGCGCGGAGUUUCCCGGGACCGACGGUAGACCGACUCUACAAGUCAAACGCGAUUACACUUUCACCGAGGGGAGCCCAGACCCCAGGGUUUUUGAUAUCCCGGAUUACUGCGACAUGUACUAGCUGACCAGGCGAAAAGGGGAUUCAGAAGUCUUUGUCGCUUCUUCUUGAAAAGUUUAUUUAGUUAAUACUAAAUACAAAAAAAUGUAACAAUAAAAAAUAAGGCAUAUUAUGCAUAGGUUGGUUUGCAUGUUGUGUGACGAUAAGUGAAUUAAAUACACGUGAUAAUAAAAAAUAAAGCAUUUUAUACAAA